UCCAAAUUCUUUGUCGAUAUCAAACUAGAUUCGAAGGAUUUUAAUAUUAAUUGUUUACUGAUAUAAUACAUAUGACGAUGAUCUAUGUGAUGUAGAAAAUAACUCAUUUGGAGGGGUUUGAUUACAUGUAUUCAUGCAAAAAAUUUAUUUAAAUUGCAUGCUAAUGAUUUGGAUAAUUUUGUUGUAAAAUUAGGUUUUUCUUGAAAAUGGAGAGAAAAGCUGGGAAACAAAAGAAGAGAAGUGUUGACUCUGAUGAUGUCUCUAGGGAAAAGAGGCCAAAGCGAGCAGCAGAAUGUACAAGCUUCAAGGAGAAAUCUCUACGUAUCUCUAAGAAAUCUGCUACUGUUGAAGCCAAGAAAGAGCAGAUCGUGACGGAGGAGAUCGUGGCAAUAAAGUUAACUUUUUCUUUGGAGAGCAAUGAUGAUCAACCUCGUCCAAACCGGAGGCUAACUGAUUUUGUUUUACUUGAUUCAAAUGGAGUUCCACAGCCUGUGGAGAUGUUGGAACUUGGUGACAUUUUUAUUGAAGGUGUUGUCUUACCGUUAGGUGAUGAGAUAAUGAAUGAAAAGGGUGUGAGGUUUCAAUCAUUUGGUCGAGUAGAGAACUGGACUAUAUCUGGGUAUGAAGAUGGUUCCCCGGUUAUAUGGAUCUCAACAGCGUUAGCCGAUUACGAUUGUCGUAAACCGGCUAAUAGCUACAAAAAGAUGUAUGAUUAUUUCUUUAAGAAAGCUUAUGCUUGUGUGGCGGUAUUUAAGAACUUGUCCAAGAAUCCUGAUACAAGUCUUGAUGAGCUUCUUGCGGCAGUUGUUAGGUCGAUGAUGAGCGGAAGCAAGAUCUUUUCUAGCGUUGCAGCCAUCCAAGAGUUUGUUAUAUUCCAAGGAGAAUUCAUAUAUAACCAACUCGCUGGUUUGGAUGAGACAGCCAAGAGUCAUGAAACAAGCUUUGUUGAGAAUCCUGUUCUUGUUUCUUUAAGAGAUAAGAGUAGUAACUUUCACAAGGCUUCGUCUAAUGUAGCUAUGAGGAUUGAUGAGAGCAAGGCCGUGACAUCUGAUCAACUAAUGGAUGAUGCUGAGGACGAGGACGUGAGAUAUACUAAGUUUAUACGAGACGAAGAGUAUCGUAAAUCUAUGGAUCGGGCCAGAAAUAAGAGAAGCUUAACAACUUCUGCUUCAAAUAAUUUUUAUACUAAGAUCAACGAAGAUGAGAUUGCCAAUGACUAUCCUCACCCAUCUUACUAUAAGAACACCGAAAAAGAAACAGAUGAGCUUGUACUUUUUGAUCCUGGCUAUGAGGUUGAUACUAGGUAUCUACCUUGGAGAACACUUCACAACUGGGCACUAUACAACUCUGAUUCACAUUUCAUAUCUCUCGAGCUUCUCCCGAUGAAGCCAUGUGAUGAUAUUGAUGUCACCGUCUUUGGUCAAAUAAAGGAAUGGACAGUUGAGAUUGGGGAAGAAAUGGUAUUUGUUAUAUUACGAACAGAUUUGGCCUGGUAUCGGCUUGGGAGACCGUCAAAGCAAUAUGCUCCUUGGUUCGAACCUGUUUUGAAAACAGCAAGGGUAGGGAGAAGCAUUUUGGCCUUGCUCGAGAAUGAAAUGAGGAUUCCUAAGCUUUCAUACUUAUAUGUCAUAAAAAGACUAAGUGGGUUAGAAGAGAAUGAUAAAGCUUACAUUUCUUCUAAACUCUUGGAUGUAGAGAGAUAUGUGGUCGUCCAUGGCCAAAUUAUCUUGCAGCUUUUGAGAGAAUAUCCUGGGAUCAGAAGGUGUCCAUUUGUUACUUGUCUUGCAAGUAAAAUGCAGGAUAUGCACCACACAAAAUGUAUCAUCAAGAAGAAGAAGAAAAUUUUGAAGAAGGGAAAGAAUCUGAAUCUAAGGGUAGACAUGCCACGUGUGGUAUCCAAGAUGAAAGCCAUGCAAGCGACAACAACUCGGCUUAUCAAUAGAAUUUGGGGUGAGUUUAACUCCAUUUAUUCUGCAGAGGAUUCGUCGGAGGAGAUUGUUGCUGAAGAAGAGGUUGAAGAGGAGGACGAGAAUGAAGAAGAGGACACUAUAGCAAAAGCUGCUAAGGUUCAAAACGCUGCUACUUUUAAGAAAAUAGGAAUUAUAUGGGAAGGUGAGACUCUGGGAACAACUCGUGCUGGUGAGCCUCUCUAUGGACAAGCCCUUGUUGGAGGUGGAAAGGUGGUUGUUGGUGGGGCAGUCAUCUUGGAAGUUGGUGAUCAAGAUGAGAUCUAUUUUGUGGAGUACAUGUUCCAGAAUUCAGAUCACUAUAAAAUGCUACACGGGAAACUUUUACAAAGAGGAUCUGAGACUGUUCUAGGGACCGCUGCUAACGAGAGGGAACUGUUCUUGACUAAUGUAUGCCUUACUGUUCAGCUCAAGGACAUAAAAGCAACAGUAAAUUUUGAGAUUCGAUCAAGGUCGUGGGGGCAUCAAUAUAGGAAAGAGAAUAUGGCUGCAGAUAAGCUUGACCGGGCAAGAGAAGAAGAAAGAAAAGCUAAAGAUCUGCCAACAGAAUAUUACUGCAAAAGCUUUUAUUCACCUAAGAGAGGUGGAUUCUUUAGUCUUCCAAGAAGUGAUAUGGGUCUAGGUUCUGGAUUCUGCAGUUCAUGUAAGAUAAGAGAGAAUGAAGAGGAAAGGUCAAAAACUAAACUCAAUGAUUCAAAGACAGGAUUUCUCUCGGACGGAAUCGAGUAUUCUGUUGGGGAUUAUGUUUAUGUAAUCCCCAACUACAUAACCAAAGGUAAGGGUAAAAGAAGGUCAAUGUUCAAGUAUGGUAGAAAUGUUGGGCUUAAACCUUUUGUGGUUUCCCAAUUACUGGAUAUUGUCCUAAAAGAACCCAAAAAAGGUAGUAGUGCUCCCUUUGAGGUUGGCCUGAGACGUUUUUAUAGGCCUGAGGACAUUUCUGCAGAAUUGGCCUAUGCUUCAGAAAUUCAAGAGGUUUAUUAUAGCCAGGACACAUAUAUCCUCCCUCCAGAGGCUAUAAAAGGAAAAUGUGAAGUAAUGAAGAAACAUGAUAUGCCCUUAUGCCGUGAAUAUCCAGUAUUAGACCAUAUCUUCUUCUGUGAACGUUUCUAUGACUCCUCCAAUGAUCAUCUCGAGAAGUUGCCUUCCAAUAUGAAGCUGAAGUUCUCUACUAUUAAAGAUGAAAAACUUUUAAGAGAAAAAAAGGGGAAGGGAGUAUUGAGUGAAACUGACUCUGUGAUGAGUGUGAAGCCUGAUGAGGUACCUAAAGAGAUGCGUCUAGCUACACUAGAUAUUUUUGCUGGAUGUGGUGGCCUGUCUUAUGGACUAGAAAAGGCGGGUGUAUCGGAUACAAAGUGGGCGAUCGAGUAUGAAGAGCCAGCUGCGCAAGCUUUUAAACAAAACCAUCCCAAAACAACGGUUUUUGUUGAUAACUGCAAUGUGAUUCUUAGGUUGUGCUGGGAUCAGUUGGUUGAGAUUAUUAAUGACAGGGCUAUAAUGGAGAAAUGUGGAGAUGUGGAUGAUUGUAUAUCUACUACGGAGGCAGCUGAACUUGCAGCUAAACUUGAUGAGAGCCAGAAGAGUAUUCUGCCUUUGCCUGGUCAAGUGGAUUUCAUCAACGGAGGGCCUCCAUGCCAAGGGUUUUCUGGUAUGAACAGGUUUAGUGACCGCUCUUGGAGUAAAGUCCAAUGUGAAAUGAUAUUAGCAUUUUUGUCUUUUGCUGAUUAUUUCCGGCCAAAGUAUUUUCUUCUCGAGAACGUGAAGAAAUUUGUGACAUUCAAUAAAGGGCGAACAUUUCAACUUACUGUGGCUUCUCUUCUUGAAAUGGGUUACCAGGUAAGAUUUGGACUCUUGGAGGCAGGAGCAUAUGGAAUAUCUCAACCUCGUAAAAGAGCUUUCAUUUGGGCAGCUGCACCAAACGAAGUUCUUCCGGAAUGGCCUGAGCCGAUGCAUGUCUUUAAUAAUCCGGGUUUUAAAAUCUCAUUAUCUCGACGUUUGCAUUAUGCUGCUGUUCAAAGUACUAAAUUUGGUGCACCUUUCCGUUCAAUCACGGUGAGAGACACGAUUGGCGAUCUUCCACCAGUAGAAAGCGGAGAAUCCAAGAUAAACAAAGAGGAGAUGAGAGGUAACAAGAUUGUUCUUACUGAUCAUAUCUGUCAAAAGAUGAACGAACUAAACCUCAUACGAUGUAAAAAAAUUCCAAAGACCCCCGGUGCUGAUUGGCGUGACCUACCGGACGAAAACGUGAAGUUAUCAAAUGGGGUUGUGGUAAAACUUAUUCCUUCUGGUUUGAUAAACAAAGCUAAGGAGCACAACGGUUAUAGAGGACUCUAUGGUAGGCUGGACUGGCAAGGCAAUUUACCCACUUCCAUCACCACUCCUCAACCCAUGGGGUGGGUGGGAAUGUGCUUCCAUCCUGACCAGGACAGAAUUAUCAGUGUUCGUGAAUGCGCUCGAUCUCAGGGGUUUCCGGACAGCUAUGAGUUUUCAGGAAAGAUAAAAGAUAAACAUAGGCAGAUUGGGAAUGCAGUCCCUCCACCAUUGGCGUUUGCUCUUGGUCGGAAGCUCAAAGAAGCCCUAGCUACACCUCAGGAGUUCUCGUCAACAGUACCAAUAUUAAAAGAACAUCCAAAUGAAUGUUAGAUUAUAUUGUCAUUUCAUUUUUAUUGGUAGCAAAAUCCUCUUCUGGAAACUCAA